CAAACAUCAGUUAUGUUUAAAUUAUUGAUAUAUACACACAUGUGGAUAGUUGUGAUAAAAUACAUGAUGAGUGAAUUCUUUUAAAAUCAUGUUUCAAAGUAUAUAUGGAGAAAAAUAUCUUUCGAUUAGAGAGUUCUUCAUUCUACGUCAAUGAAGCAGGUGUGGCUGCAAGACGAGAUAUGAUUGGUUUCUGUCAUCACGUGUCUCUUCGAUUCAGAAUACUUUGUCUUUUGUUUACCGUAGUGUCUUUCUACAGUAUCACGUGGCUGUUUAAUUUCCGGGUGGUAUCUUACCACAGUAUCUCGAGAACAACUGUUGAUUCCGUUGACGAAACAUUAAGGUUAGCAAUGAACCAUACAUCAAAAAAUACAAACAGAAGCACAUCUGAAAGUUUUUCAUCAAUCGCUACCAAAGGCAAAGAGAACGCCUCUCUUCCUGCAGUCGUAUCUGUAAAAAGAAAAGCGAAAGAAAAUAAAAGAACAAAGUAUUUAGGUGACCUAUUUGAAAAGGAAUUGAGAAAUAAUUUAAAUAAGGAUGAUAUUGUGAACAAGUCUACAAGUGUUCUUUCGUUUACUACUAAAACAAAUAAGGAGCAAAGGGUAUAUGGACCUAAGAAAAUGAACAUCAACUUCAAAGAAUUAAAUAUAACUAGACAAUAUAGACUUAUAACAAAUAAACCCAAUGUGCAAGUUGCUAAGCAAGAUGUAAUGCUAAAACCGGAUACAGUAUCAGCUGUAUCAAAAAACCAGUCUAACUUAAUACAGCUUUCACUAGAGUAUAAACCAAAUAUAGAGACCGGUUCUCCUGAGUUGCUUCAUGUAAUAUCACCACACCAAAAGAAGAAUGUACAAGCCAGUGCCAUGCAUUUUGAUCCCCAAGCCGAGCGAUUAAAUAGUUCUUUUGUAGAUAAAAGUAAAAACUUUAUAAUUCACCAUCCAUUGUUAUUGAAGGAAAGCAAUAAUAAAUUUGUAUUAAAUGGUACAAAGGGGGAAACGAUAGACACAGAAAGUCGUGGUUUUAAUGAUACCACAAGAGUUCACUUAGGUACAGCAGAUGAUAACAAUUCUUCAAUGAUAAGUGAUUCUGAUCAACCGUUUGAACAGAAGACGUUCGUAUCAUGCCAAUACCCUCUUAAUGCAUCCAACAAAACUAAGGUAGGAAUUCUAAUUCCCUCCUCGACAAGGAAGAUUGUAUCCCCUUUGUUACAAAAUUUGACGCUUGUAAAACUAAGUAUACCGUCUAUCUAUAAAACAUUGGAAGAAAAAUACGUAUAUAGAAUAUACAUUGGCAUUGAUGAGGGUGAUUUUCUGCAAACAGUUGAAACCGAGCUGAGGAAAAUGUAUGAUUGUGUUAUACCAGUAAUUGUUAAAGGAAAGAAUUACGUCAAAUCUGUGAACACCAUAGCUGAUCGUGCCUACAUCGACGGAAUGGAUUAUUUAGUCCGUACCAAUGACGAUACGGUAUUUGUUACUGGAAACUGGACAACCAUUGGUAUAAACAAACUGAGAGAAUACCAUCCAGAAAAUGUGGGCGUUGUUGGACCAACUUGUAACGAAGGGAAUACGAAUAUUCUAACUCACGAUAUGGUACAUCGACAGCAUCUAGAAAUAUUUGACUUUUAUUAUCCCCCUUACCUAGAAAAUUGGUGGACUGAUGACUGGAUAACACGUGUUUAUCAACCCAACAAGUCCACAAAAUUGACUUCAUGGAUAGUUAAACAUAUAAUAUUAAAUACAAGAUACAAUGUUGAUUUCGAAAGACAAAAAUGGUCGGAAACAUUAAUCAAAUAUGAUAGGAAUAGGUUACAGAAGUAUAUAGGAUGCAAUUGUGAAAGUAGCGCGGGAAAUCCAUUAAUAUAUACAUCUUUGGUUUUAAUCAUUUUGCAGUGCUUAGUAUGUCUGGCAUCAAAGCUGAAUUAAAUGAUGAGGGUUGAUAAUUUUAAUCAGUGCCAAAAACUACGUCAAGACAAAAUGAUUGAACAAAUGGUUAUAUCAUUGACGAAUGUUCCCUUGUGUAUCUGUAAAGUUCAGUAAGUCAUUUGAUAUGCCAGUAUAUUUGAUAUAUAAAAUGUUGUUAAGGCAAUAAUUCAUUUAUUCUAUCUCAUUCGUCCGUUAUCUCAAUUAGCAAUAUAUAUUUUACUUUUGUUAAUUGUAUUAUUCAUUUUUGACGUUUUUAUAUAAAACUAUACUACUUAACAUGAAGUUGAAUCAAACUGAGUUUUUUCAUUGAUUAAUGUGUGUCAACAA